UCAGAUUCACUUAAAGCAAGUGUAUAGCGUGCUCGAUGAACGGUAAUUUGUCGAGAGCAAUUCGAUAUUCGUUUAAUUGAGUAAUUCGAGGAUAAUAAAUAUUUCGUGACUGCCGACUCGAAUUGAUCCCACGGACUUAGAUUUCCACAAUAAUGGCUUGACUCCGACACCAUGAGUUCGAAGGCAAACGCAUUUAGCAAAUACUCGGCCGGACACACGGACCUCUCCGUCCAGUGAAUGAAGCCCAAUGUUGGACUCGGAGUGCAGUUCGUGUUACUGCAAUUACAUGAUGCAACCUUCCAAAGUUUACAAACACUCCACUUUGCUGCUGAUAUUCGUGCUGCUUGCGGACGGUUUCGGCCUGGCCAAUGCUACUCGAUAUUACACCCUGAAGCGCUAUUUUCCAGAUCAUCAUAUGCGAAAGUAUCACGAUUUAAGAAACAGGACGGAACGAAGUUCUAGGUUUUCAAAGCAUUCAAACUCUACAGGAAAAACUCUCAGAGGUAUCCCUGUAGAAACUGCACAAACUGGUACCGUUGCAAUUUUACAUUGUAAAGUAAAAUUUAACAAUGUCACGGUUUUGUGGUUAAAGAAGGAAGGUAAUGACAGUUUCACUCUGCUCACCGUAAAUGCAUCAACACACUCGUGGGAUAAACGAUUUUAUGCAUCAAAUGAAAAAGAUCCGAAGGAUUGGACUUUGCAAAUUUCAUAUCCGAAGCAAAGCGACGAAGGACUCUACGAAUGCCAGAUAUUUACGGAGCCAAAGACUACAUCUUUGGUACAGUUACAAUUAAUAGAGGCGAGAGCGGACAUAUUCGGCGGCAGCCCGAAGAUAGUGAAAGCAGGCUCUCCGUUGAGGCUGAGCUGUGUGCUGCGUAGGUCCAUCAAUCCUCCAGCGUACAUUUUCUGGUACCACGAGGACCGGAUGAUAAACUACGAUCUGACGGGCGGCGCAUCGGUGCGCCACGGCCGUCAAGGGAGCGAACUGAUCAUUCCCAGAGUCGAUCCCAGCCACGCGGGGAAUUACUCCUGCGUGCCGUCCAAUGCCCGACAGGCCAGCGUCAUUGUCGACGUCAAGCACGGACAUAGCGAAAAACAGGCGGCCAUGCAGUCCGGGAACAAGAAUUCAGCAAGCCAUGGAAUAACGUGUCAGCCGCAUAAUAUCGUCAAUAUGCUACUCCUCAUUCUAACCUUCCACCUUCGCAGAUGACACUGGCACGUGUAAACGUGACAACAAUGUAAAGAUAGCUGUUCCAAACACCAAUGGUAAUCCGGAAAAUUGAAUACGACUGAAAUAGCGGACCUGCCGAAAUGGAACUAAUUUCAUUUUAUUGUUACUUGUAAUCACCUACAUUUUAAGCUGACCAAGGAACACGUCCCGUCGUAUAUUUUUCAGGACGUAAAUAAUAUGUUUUAUGUGUUUCAGGAAGCUGGCAUGCGAGUUAAUAAACAUAUAAAAUGCCGGUUACUUCCUUACUUAUUGAACAAACUAGGUGUGUCGUCUGAUUACCAAUAAAAAUCUACUUGUCUGGCCAAUAGAAUUUCCUCUACAUACUUUUUAUUUUUCCUAGUAAUUGUAUUAUUUAUAAUUUGAUUUUUAGCC